UUCCUCUUCCUCUCUCUCUCUCUCUCUCUCUCUCUUCAAAAGCAGAACGUCCUUGUUUCAGAGCGUCCUCCUUGUUGUUCCUAUGCUCCCGUGAGUGCCUGCCCAGCCUCUUUCCCCACCCUUAGGAGGGCUCAGAAGAGGCUGGUGCUCAUCUCGAAAAUCAAUUCAGGAUUGGCGUUGAAGGGCCAAGUCCAUAAACUUCUGAUCGUCUAUUUGAUUUCGUGACAAUUCUUCUUCAAUUUUGAUUGUGUAUUUGUGAAUGGGGGUGGUGUCGAGGAGGGUAUUACCAGCGUGCGGCACCCUCUGUUACUUGUGUCCCUCGUUGCGAGCGCGGUCGAGGCAGCCUGUGAAACGGUACAAGAAGCUUCUAGCUGAUAUAUUGCCGCGGUCUCAGGAAGUUGAAAUAAAUGAUAGGAAGAUUGCUAAGCUCUGUGAAUAUGCGUCAAAAAAUCCAAUGCGCGUGCCCAAGAUAACGGAGCACCUUGAGCAAAGAUGCUAUAAGGAUUUGCGAAAUGAGCACUUCAAUUCAGUAAAAGUUAUCUUGUGCAUAUACAGAAAACUGUUAGUCUCCUGUAAGGAGCAAAUGCCACUUUUUGCGACGAGCUUGCUGUGUAUUGUACGGACUCUUCUUGACCAAACACAGCAGGAUGAAAUGCGGAUUCUUGGUUCUGGUACUCUUGUUGACUUUAUAAAGAGCCAGACGGAUAGCUCAUACGUGUUCAAUUUAGAGGGUCUGAUACCCAAACUUUGUCAACUCUCUCAAGAGUUUGGGGAAGAUGAACGGGGAUACAGUCUUCGGUCAGCAGGACUUCGUGCUCUUGCCAUCCUGGUGUGCUUCAUGGGGGAGCACUGCCACGUUUCAAUAGACUUUGAUGAUAUUAUGGCAGUUGUAUUGGAUAAUUAUCAACCUGUUCAAGGUUUUGUGAAGAAUAAUGUACUUGGCAAGCAAGAUUCUGAGGACCAAUGGAAGCAGGAAAUGCCGAACAUUGAGAAUGAAGUUCCACCACCAGUAGAUAGUGUGAAAAAUGUUACCUUGUCUCAGGAACCUGUAUAUAGUAAAUGCAUGUCGGAUACAACAACCAGUGAUACUGAAAGUCCCAGUUAUUGGUCAAGAACAUGUUUGCAAAAUAUGACCAAGAUGGCCAAGGAGGCAACUACUUUAAGGCGUCUCCUGGAACCUCUGUUUCGCUAUCUUGAUAAUGGAAAUAAUUGGUCCCUAUGCAAUGGGCUCGCUCUGCCAAUUUUAUGUGAUAUUCAGCAUUUGCUGGAGAUCUCUGGGCAGAAUACCCACUUGUUGAUAUCUAUCCUAGUCAAGCAUCUUGAACACAAGAAAGUUGUCAAGCAACUUGAUGUGCAGGUUAACAUUAUUGAGGUGAUCACACAUAUUGCAUAUCACUCCAAGAUGCAGGCAUCCGUUGAAAUUAUUGGUUCAAUAAGUGACCUGAUGAGGCAUAUGCGGAAGCACAUACAAUAUUCUCUUGAUUCUUCAUAUCACGAGGGUGAGAAAAAGAAAUUUAAUGGAAUGUUUCUGUCUGCGUUGGAGAAUUGCAUCAUACAGCUGACAAAUAAGGUUGGAGAUGCUGGCCCUGUCUUCGACAUAAUGGCUGUGAUGCUGGAAAACAUCUCAAGUAACAGUGUGCUAGCCAGAACAACAAUAUCUACAGUGCAUCGUACUGCACAGCUAGUAGCUCCUAGUCUAUCAUCUCAUGGCAAGGCCUUCCCAGAACCUCUGUUUCAUCAGCUCCUUUCUGCGAUGCUUCAUCCUGACUAUGAAACACGAGUUGGUGCUCAUCAUAUCUUUUUAGUAGUAUAUAUGCCAGCGUAUGCAUGUUGCUGGCCUGGAGCAUUUCCUCCUGAGUUGCAGAAGAAGCCAACUGCUUGCACAAUGACCUUAGAAAGUAAAAUUUCUUCUGAUGAUCUUCCAGCAAUGUCAUUUAAGGAAAGGAUCUUCAUGGACAAUGGGUCUCAAGGAAGUAUGAACAAAUUGAAGGAAUUAGAAACAGAAUGCCAUGAUGUUGCAGAAACAACAGACAAGGUGAACCGAGACAUAAAACUCUGUGCAGUCCAUCCGUCUCGCUGCCAAUCUCACAAUAUCAAGCUUCCUCCUGUGUGCUCAAUAACAGAUGGGACAAUUGUUACUGAGCCUGAAAAGGAUGCACAGGUGGCUUCAUUGCAGAUAAACAGUGAUCAGAUGGGUCUCUUGCUGUCCUCAAUAUGGACUCAGGCAACAUCUCCAGGAAAUACUCCUGCCAAUUUUGAGGCAAUUGCUCAUACUUACAGCCUUAUCCUAUUCUUCAGUAGAGCCAAGGUAUCAAGUCAUGGCACUUUGGUUCGAUGUUUUCAGCUGGCAUUGUCUCUUAGAGAUCUCUCUCUUAAGAAAGAAGGUCCUCUUCAGCCAUCCCAUAGAAGGUCUCUCUUUACACUGGCAAAUGCGAUGAUUUUAUUUUUGGCAAGGGCAUACAAUGUUCUUCAGCUUGUACCUUGCAUUAAGUCAUCACUUACUGAAAAAAAGGUUGACCCUUAUCUCCAUUUAGUCGAUGACAACAGGAUUGAAGCUUUUCACAUAGGUUCGGAUAGCAUUAAACCUGCUUAUGGAUCGAAGGAAGAUGAACUUGCUGCAGUAGAGGCGUUAUCCUCAAUUGAGAUUACUAAUGAGCAAUCAAAAGAACAUUUGGCAUCCAUUGUGAUGCAGAACCUUGGAAAUUUGCCAGAGGAUGAGUUUUCUAGCAUCCAUAAACAACUACUGGAGGAAUUUUCACUUGACGAUGCUUUUCCACUGGGUGCUCCAUUGUUUAUGGACACACCAAAACCAGGUUCCCCAUUUGCUUCAAAGAACUACGAAUCUUUUGAUGAGAUGAUGCCUUCAGCAUAUUUCUCAGAUGAAGAGCCUGUACCUGAAGUAUCAGGAAGCCAGGUGGAUGGCAAAGUGCCUUCAUCUAUGAGCUCUUCAGAGGUUUUGAGUGUCAACCAGCUCAUGGACUCUGUUCUGGAAGCGGCUCUUCAAGUAGCUAGUUUCGCUGUUUCUACAACACCAAUAUCAUAUGACCAGAUGAAGAACCAAUGUGAAGCACUUGUAACUGGGAAGCAGCAGAAGAUGUCAGUGCUUAUGAGUUUUAAGCAUCCGGAGAAUGUGUUAUCUAUUGACUUAUCCUCAGAUGCUGAUAGCACGGAAGCGGCUUUCAUAAUCAAGAAAUCAAUGGAUCUGCCUGAAGUAUACUCCCGAUUGGCUGUAAAUGACCAUAACCAGCCCAAAUUUCUCUCCUGUUCUACGGAAUAUGUGCAGUCAUUUAGGUUGCCGCCUGCAAGCCCCUAUGACAAGUUCUUGAAAGCUGCUGGGUGUUGAGAAAGAUUGCCUGCAUGGUACAUAUGAUGCUGCUCUCCUUGCUGCCAGAAUCCCCCUUCAUCAUUAUUUUUAUUCAUUAUUUGUUUAUUUUCUAUUUUUUGAAAGCUAAUUUGAUGUAUGCAGGAAAUGAACACAUUGCUUAAUAGCAUAUAUAAAUUUGUGUAUAUUACGUAGGUUUCCUAUA